AUAAUCCUCCAAGCAAUCAACUACCUUAGACUCUGCACAAAGAGGAGCUCACUUGUUGGGGUAAAAAUAAAAACAUUUAAUUUAAGAAUAUAAUGCAAUGAAUCCAGUGCCAAGUCGUGACUUCCUAGAGGUGCAUCCACUGCACCAACAUCAGCCACAUUGCAAGCAGCAAUGCUUUGUGUUCACAGAAAUCGCAGAUAUCGAGCUGCCCGCGGAAAUCACCAAGUUCGGUGGCGGAAACGAGAAACUACGUUGCUCCAAUGGCGGGAUUCCAGCGUUUAAUUGUAAAAAGGAUUCGUGCAGCGAAUCAUCGGAAGAACGUCCAGGACAAUCGCGUGGCCGUAAAAUUCUCCUGGGAGCUGGCCUAGUUCUAAUAUGCAUUGCCAUGGCUGGUGGGAUACCAUUGGCAUUGCAGCUUCGAUCCUCUUCGCUGCUGGAGGCACGCUUAGCGUUCAUUCGUCGCCUUCUGACAGAGUCGCCUCUUAUAGAGGGUUCAUGGAAGCCCCCAAGCGAAGUGGUUGUUAACAAGAGCAGCAUUACGGAAAUACGGCAAAAUCAUAUUGGUGCCGUUUUAUGGCCAAUCACUGUGGCAUGUGGUGCACAAUAUCUGGAUGCUGUCCAGCUGGCCCUCGAGGGUAUUGACGAGGCCAAACGAAUUACGGCCACCACAGAUUCCAUGCAUAUUGUCGAGUCCGCCGAUGAGAUGGAGCAGACCCAUAUUCGUGGUGAGGUUGCCGUAUUGAUUGGCAUCAGCGGUGGUCACGCAUUGGGCACUAGUUUGGCCAUUCUACGCUCAGUUUAUCUACUUGGUGCUCGCUUCGUUUCGGUCACAAGUCUAGAAUGCACCACACCAUGGGCUGCUGCAGCUAUACGCAGGCGUGAUUACCUCAUAGAGGAGAAUGUGACAAAUUCCCUUACCGAUUUUGGAAAGACAAUGCUUCACGAGAUGAAUCGCUUGGGAAUGCUUGUGGAAAUCUCUCAACUUAGCGAACCGGCAAUGAUGAGCGCCUUACAUUCGGCCAAGGCUCCAGUCUUGUUAAUGAACGCUACACCACUUUCCAUGUGCAACAGCACAAGCGUGGCAUCCAUACCAGAUCAUGUGCUCAGUCUACUUCCAGAAAAUGGUGGUGUUAUUUUACUGAAUCUGGAACGAUGCGGUGAGCGUUCGCUGAGUCUUCGUGAGGCCAUCAAUACGAUUAACUAUGUGCGAAAAGUGGCUGGUGUGGAUCACAUUGGACUCGGUGGAGCGCCAAAAAGUUAUGCUCUCCUACUGGCCGAACUAGCCAGAGAUCGGGUGUGGGGCAAUGCGGCCAUCAAGAAACUAGUUGGCGGCAACGUAAUGCGUAUCUUACGCGAAAUCGAGACCUUAAAAAAUCGUAUGCCCCUGUACGAGGAAUGGAUACCACACGAGUCCAUUGAAACCAAUUCGUAUUGCCGCUAUCCAGAGUCUUAAGUGGUCAAUCAUAUAAUAUUUUAGUAUUUGGUAGCUUGCAUAAAUGGUUUUUGUUCUGAGAUUUAUAAUUACACACUUAAUCAAUAUGUUAAACAAAAAAAACAAAUAAACUUUAAUUGCAAAAAUCAA